AGCUGCGCCUGCGCAGAGAACGCCCCCCCCCCUCCCCUCCCGGCUUGCGUUUAAAUAGAGUCGGUCCCGGUUCGGCUGCAGACGUGAGGAGAGGCUGCUAAGAUGUCCACUGAGAAACUCCUCAGCCGUGUGAUGGAGGCGGAGCCUGUGGGCAGCAGGAGCAAGGUGACGGUGGUGGGGGUCGGAAUGGUGGGCAUGGCGUCCGCCGUCAGUGUUCUGCUGAAGGACCUGUGUGACGAGCUGGCCCUGGUGGACGUGAUGGAGGACAAGCUGAGGGGGGAGGCCAUGGAUCUGCAGCACGGCGCCCUGUUCCUGAAGACGCCCAGGAUCGUAGCGGACAAAGACUACAGCGUGACCGCCAACUCCAAGGUGGUGGUGGUGACCGCCGGCGCCCGCCAGCAGGAGGGCGAGAGCCGCCUGAACCUGGUGCAGCGCAACGUCAACAUCUUCAAGUUCAUCAUCCCCAACAUCGUCAAGUACAGCCCCCACUGCAUCCUGCUGGUGGUCUCCAACCCUGUGGACAUCCUGACCUACGUGGCGUGGAAGCUGAGCGGCUUCCCGCGGCACCGCGUCAUCGGCUCCGGCACCAACCUGGACUCCGCCCGCUUCCGCCACCUGAUGGGGGAGAAGUUUCAGCUCCACCCCUCCAGCUGCCACGGCUGGAUCAUCGGAGAGCACGGAGACUCCAGCGUGGCCGUGUGGAGCGGCGUGAACGUCGCGGGGGUGUCCCUGCAGAAGCUCAACCCCAAGAUGGGCGCCGAGGACGAUGGCGAGCGCUGGAAGGAUGUCCACAAGAAGGUGGUGGACGGAGCGUACGAGGUGAUCCGGCUGAAGGGCUACACGUCCUGGGCCAUCGGCAUGUCGGUGGCUGACCUGGUGGAGAGCCUCCUGAAGAACCUGCACAGGGUCCACCCCGUGUCCACGCUGGUCCAGGGCCUGCACGGCGUGAAGGACGAGGUCUUCCUCAGCGUCCCGUGCAUUCUGGGCAGCGGCGGCCUGACGGACGUGGUCCACAUGACCCUGAAGCCUGAGGAGGAGGAGCAGCUGAGGAAGAGCGCCGAGACCCUGUGGGGGGUGCAGAAGGAGCUCAUCCUGUGAGGAGGGGGCUCCUGGAAGAAAUGAUGUGUGUAUCCAUCUUCUGCCACAUAAAGGCGUUUGGUGACAUCA